AUGUCUCCCGUGGCCCUUCGCAAUGUGUCUUGGAUUUUGCUGUCCUGUCUGAUGCUCCUGUCCCAGGUCCAAGGUGAAGACUCCCAAACCAAAGUGCCCUCUGCACGGAUCAGCUGUCCUCGAGGAUCCAAAUCUUAUGGCUCCUCCUUCUAUGCCUUCUUUCUGACGCCAAACAAUUGGGUGGAGGCAGACAUGGCCUGCCAGAAGAGAUCCUCAGGACAUCUCGUGUCUGUGCUCAGUGCCACUGAGGGAUCCUUCGUGGCCUCUCUGGUGAAGAGCACUUGAAACUCCUAUUCAAAUAUCUGGAUUGGGCUCCAUGAUCCCACAUUGGGUGUUGAAGUCAAUUCAGGUGGUUGGGAGUGGAGUAACUCUGACUUGAUGAAUUACUUUGCCUGGGAAAAAGACCCCUCCCUGGUUACCAACCCUGGCUACUGUGGGAGCCUAUCCAGAAGCACAGGAUUCCUGAGAUGGAAAGAUUUUAACUGUGAACAGAAGUUACCCUAUGUCUGCAAGUUCAAGGACUAG